AUGCUGUUGGGUCUGGCGUUCAGCUGGGACAACCAGCAGCUCUACGACAUACGUGGAAAAUAUGGAAACGUGUGGCAGCCUGAUAGCCUGCUGAGACUUUCAGAGCCCACGGCACCGCUGAGCGACGGCGGGAGUGUUUCAGGCAGAUCAGGCCGCACAGCUUCCUCCGAAGAGACGCGGUACGAAUUCUUGGACCCAAUAUCAGCCCUCGCGCCCCAGAGCCGCGGGACAGUCUUCUGCUCAGGCAGCGAGCGUGGCGUCCUGACUAUCCACGACACCAGAGACUUCAAAUUGAGGAAGCUGGACGGGUUCACGAGUUUUGGAAUUGAAGAGAUAGCCUGGAGCAGUGACGGACGAUAUAUCUGCUUUGGUGAUCUUAGUCGCACAGUAUUUGUCGUUUCCGUCCGUGGAGAUGAGAAUGACAUCGACAAGAUGAACUUCGAGCUGCAUUUAAAGCUGUCGUUGGACUUUAGCGACAACAUUGCUCAAGCCAUUUUCAACAACGACGCAAGCAUGGUACUGGUGUCUAGCCGGAGCCGUGCAGUUGUCAUUUCGUUGGAAGGGCAGAAGGCCAUCUCGGAACUAUGCCUGGAAAGCGAUAAUGGCAUGUGGAUUCCGCAUCCGGUACAGGCGGAUUCUGUCAUGUUCUUCUGUCCCUGGCUCAUGUCCAUCCACAAAUUGGCUACACUGUCCAAGACUACAUCGAUCCCUGUUUCUACUCCAAUCCAAGGGAACUUAACCGACAGCUCUGGAAUGCAGUCGAAAUCCGCAGACAACGCAGGCGAGCAUGAACAGGACGAUGAGAAUCCACCUGAAUACUCUACCGCAGGCCAUUGGCCAUUUAGUUCCAACCAGAAGGUUGUCAUCGAGCGCCUGAUCUCAGCCCAAUCCCGGCACUAUCUGUUAGUCGAGGCGUCAACUGUGAACGAUGGUCAAAUGCAUAACAUGAUACUUCUAUUAGACAUUCAUCAACUCUGGGUGCCGAUGUCUGAAGAAAAUCCCACGACUCUUGCUUCGAUAUUCUUCCUUGACUUGUCCUCAUCACUCACGAAUCGGAUGGACCGUCCGCUGAAGUUUCUCGCGCAGAAAGAUGGCAUACAGGACACGCUGUUGUUCCUUGACUGCCACCACUCAAUUUGCACGUGGUGUAUACCCCCAGGCAUUUCGCAAGUGGUAUGGUCGUCCAAAGAUUCAACCACUGAUGCAGUCCAUCGGAUGGACUCUCAGGCCUCGACUCUUCGCGGUCACUCGCACAAUGACAAGAGUACUCUUGACAAAUCAGUGGUCGCACAUUACAGCCUUCCGGGAGAUUGGAUAAGUCCAGACUGCGUGGCUUUGAUCCAGGCUUUUGACAACGGGGCGCUUUUGUGUCCUCGUAACGGCGAGGUGGCAGUUGUUCAAUAUGCUGGAUUUAUCACAUGA